ACGAAUUAUGAUCGUGGCCAUAGCAACUGAAGCUAGUUCCACAGCAUUAACAGUAAGUGUUCAACAAACAAUGGCUUUGAAUCCACUAGCCACUCCCAAGGGUGUCAAAAUACUCUGUGAGCUUUGUCAGAAGCCAGCCUACAUCCAGUGUACCAAGUGCAGAGUCACCUACUACUGUUGUGACGAGCAUCAGAUUGAGGAUUGGUCCUCUAUCCAUGAGAAGAUCUGCUCCAUUGUUGCCAUAGCAAGAAUACCACAGAGUCACGCCCACACUGAGGAGGAACGGGCCACCAGGAAACACCAGCAGGAGCUCAGGAAGAAACACAUCAUUGAGGUGUCUUUGCAAGAGGGGCGACGAUUUCUCUACGAGGGCCACCACUCCAUGGCUAUUCCUGCUGCCCUGGAGGCUCUCAAGUUCCUUACAGAAGUGUACGGCAAUGCUAACAUACACCUCACCCCGGCCUACCUAAUACUGGGUGCAGCUGCCAUUGGACUGGGAAGACUGAAAGAGGCUGAUCAGUAUCUAUCACAAGCCCAGUGGUCAGUGCUGAAGGCUGGUGAUUGUGAGCCAUGGUUGAAGUCUCGUCUGCACAGAAACCUCGGAAAAUUGGCAGCUGCUAAGAACUCUCUCAGUGAAGCGAGGAGACAUUUUGCUGAGGAUAUCUAUCAGUCAAGUGUGGCGUACAAUCUGGAUGCAAUACAGACAUCUGGUGGCUAUUAUCACAUGGGGCAAGUGUUUCUAAAAGAGAAGAAAACAGACAUAGCCAUUUCACUUCACAACCAGGUGUUGGACGCUUGGAAAGCUCAUCUCUCUUCUCUAGUACACGAGAAGCCUGGUUCAAAGGGACAGCUGGAUGUGGCUGAACGAGCUGAAGCGUUUUCAAUGCUCCACAGUAUCCGUGAGUGGAGGGAGAGUGUGACUGCUGCCCACCCUCAGUUAAUGGCCCCCCUCUAUCACACCCUCGCCCUACUACACACGACAGUGGGAGAAGAAGACAAGGCUAUUGGUUAUGCUGAGCAAGCCCUUGGACUGAUCAAGACCUCUGGACAAGCAGCACUAUUAAACACUCAGUCAGAACUAGAACAGUUGAUAGACAUUCUACACAAGCCAGAGGGGACAACCUGAUGCUUAUCUGUUGUGUAUACGUAUGUACUUGUUGAUGUUUACUGUUUUAUUUGGUGAUCCCCAAUUACAUUCAUCAAUUAAUUAGUCGUCUUUUAAGUUAGAGUAUUCACUUGU